AUGUCCGCCCGCUUCGGAUUGCGCUUUGCGCAGCAAACCGCCCGACAGUCCACCACCUCAUUCGCCUCACGAACACCCUUUCAGUUGAGAAACCCCGUCUUUCGACGAUGGCAGGGUACAGCUGCCAACCCAGCCGUCGAAGGCGCGCCACAGCAGAGUUUGUUUCAGAGGUUGUGGACUAGUGAGGUUGGGAUAAAAACAGUCCAUUUCUGGGCCCCUAUCAUGAAAUGGGGUGUCGUCCUUGCCGGCGCAUCAGACUUCCUUCGACCCGCUGAAAAAUUGUCGUUGACACAAAACCUGGCUCUCAUGGCCACGGGUUCCAUCUGGACGAGAUGGUGUUUCGUCAUUCGACCCAAGAACAUGCUUCUCGCCGCAGUCAACUUCUGCCUCUUCCUUGUAGGCCUCGUCCAGUGCAGCCGGAUCUUCAUGUAUCGUGCAUCGCAUGAUGGCAGCGCGACCGCAGCCCUGAAGGAGAUGGAGAAGGAGAUGGAGAGUUCGGCGAAGGAGGUGGAGAAAAAGGUCGAGGCCAAGUUGUAA